GGCCGGUUCCGUUCAGGCCGGGGCGGCCCGUACCCGACGCACCGAGGCGGAGGGCGCACGGCGGCGGCGACAGGCCCGGGCCGAGGCCAGGAGAAGGUCCAGGUCCGAAACAAGGAGUCCCCAAGAAUGGCCAGCAGUCCUGGAAGUAAUGCAUCCCUCUCCCGUGAGAAAACCAUACUCUCAGAAAGUUCUCAAGCAAAGAAAUCACAGUAUUCUGAAGAGGAGUCCUUUUAUAUGAACUGCAGAGCGGCCUACCUAGCUGUUUUUAAAAGCAGCUUAGAAAAUAUUAAAUCAAAAGAACAACUAUGUUUAGUGCUUCAACAGGCUGGAAGAAAUCCAUCUCAGAAGACGGUUAAUCAGUACUGGACUCCCCAGACCACCACACUGAAUUUUGAUGAUUUUUGCAAUAUCUUAAAAAAAGAAAAAACAGCUACAAAAACAGAACUGCUCAAAGCAUUUUUAAAAGUGGAUACAAAUAAUGAUGGAUAUAUUUUGCACACUGAACUUUAUAAAAUUCUUACAAUGAGAGGUGAGAAGAUGACUGUAGAGGAAGUGAAUGCCAUCACUAAAUUGGCUGAUGUAAACAGCAAUGGCAAAUUUGAUUAUAACCAGUUUUGUAAAUUAUACGUGACAACCAAUGAGCAAUGUCGUAAGACUGCACUAGAGAAACUAGAAGUUGACAAUAGACUGAGGCGUCAGCAGUUUGGAAGUCAAGUUGAAACCUCCUCUGAAAGGGCAACAUCACCAAUAUCAAAACCAUCAUCAAGGACCAAGAGGAAAAUGGAUCACAAGCCAGCACCAAAGAGAGGUGACAACAGAACUUCUUCAAGGCCAUCAUCAGCCCAAAGUUGCAAAGCAUCCAUUUCUUCCACUAUCAGCAUGGGCACCAGCAGUAACACAAAUUCAGAGCUAAUUGAGCCAAACACAGUAAAGGAUUGGCAAUGUGCACAGUCCAAAGGAUGCUUCUUCUUAGAGGAAGAUGGUGAAAUCAUUACUCAUAAAUAUAGGUUCUACUUACCUCAAAGGUCAACAGUAUAUAUCACCAUUAAACCUUUAAACCUUAGCCAGUUAGAAGGAAAAACUUCUCCAUGGUUAUCAGUGGACACGGCUUUGUAUAUUCUCAAGGAAAAUGAAAGCCAAGAAAACCUACAGCUCAUGAGCUUUACUGAAGAACGAAAUAAAGAGAUGUUUAGGUGGAAAGGUGAACUGGGAUCUGGUAUUUACUGGCUAAUUCCAUUCACAACUGGCUGUAGGCUCAAGAAGAUAAAAAAGCAAAUUACUGGAGAAGCCAAACUGGUUUAUAGAGAUGAAGAUGGAGAGCUGGCCCUUACCAAAGAGUUCAAAGCAGCUUUAUCCGACAUAUUUGAAAUGAUUGAUUUAGAUGGAAAUGGCCUUCUGAGCCUGGAAGAAUACAAUUUCUUUGAACUGAGGACAAGUGGUGAGAAAUGUGAUGAGGAAGCCUGGGACGUAUGCAAGGAGAAUUUUGACACAAAGAAGAAUGAGCUAACAAGACAGGGAUUUAUGGACUUGAAUCUCAUGGAGGCCAAUGACUGUGAAGGGGAUCCUAGUGACCUCUGGGUCACUUUACUGUCACUGGGCUACAAUAAAGCACUGGAAAUGACAGCGGCAUGCCCUUUUGUCAUUAACAUCUGUGCAGAAAAGUGCAAACCCAGAAUUAAAGCCAUUUAUCUGGAAGCAGGCAGCAGGCAACUUAACAGGGCAAUUUGCAAGUCUGUUGUUAACAAAGGAGAUGCCAAAGUACUGGAUAGCGGUGAAAGUAUAAUUGUCUAUACCUGCAAAAGUGAUACACGGAUCACUUCUGUUAUUGAAAAUAAGUCUGAAAACAAAGUGGUUAUUCAUGUCAACAAUGAGCAGAGUAAGAACUGUGUAAAUAACAGGGGACUCAACAUUUUUGCUGUUGAAGUGGCACCAAAAUCCAUGAUGGUUUGUCAGCAUGUGAUGCCUUUGAAAGAGCAAGAAGAAUGGAUAUAUAAUUGUGUGCAUUCUCUCGUACCUUAAACACCACGUUUAGAAAAAAGUCCACUCUUGGAACUACUAAAACAAGAACUAAAUCAGGAUUGUCCUGUGAUCAAUAGAUAAAUUGAUUAAUCUUGUCCACUUCAGAACCAAGACUGAUACAGAUCAUUUAUUUCAGAUCUAUGCUUUGCUCCCAUGAUUUCAGCUAUUCAAGCCAAUGAAUCACAAGGCCUGACUUCAAUCCUAUCCAGUCCCUCAGAUCUGACUGCCAGAUAUGGCUUUUUGUGACUGCAAAGCCUGCAGCCACAAGCCCCCGCACGCACUCUGCCAAUUUGAGGGAAUUUGAAAUAUAUAUGCUUUCCCUUGUUGGACGGGAAGACAGCCUUAAAAGCAUAAAUCAGGGUUGAAAGGAAUAAUCAUCUGCAGAAAGAACACACACACUUUUUACAUAAAAUGAAUCAUUUAUGUUUUGAAUGUAUCCCAAAGAACCAGCUUGCUACACCCUCUCUCACAUCCUUAGCUGGUCCUGGGCAUAAUGGUAAACAGGAGUCAUUGACAUGUAGUGGAAGUGCAAGUUAUGAUUUCUCAGCUGUGCCUCACAAAUGCCAAGGCUGGCUCAGCCAGCAGUCUUUCCUAUAGCUUUCUGUGCAGUCCUACAUAUGCAACUGUCUCUCUAUCCAACUGCUCUCUCCUUUUGGAUAUCCCACCACUAUCCCAAACUCCUUGUGUCAAAAACUGAGCUUCUCUCUCUCCUCUUUGCCUCAUUGGUACCAUUGACACCUUCACUCCAUCCAUGUCAUGCCACUUCUAAUUUUGAUGUCAGUUUUGACUCCUCUCCUUUAUAUCCAGGUUUUUCGCAUACCCAAUUUCUUCUUCCUCUAUAUCUCUAAAAUCUGUCCCUUCCUGUCGCUGAUACUGUGUUAAAAAUCUGACCAAUUAUCUUUUACCCUAAUUAAUGUAACUUCCACCUCCAGGCUUCUCUCCUCUCUACUCUAUCCAGAAUCCUGCAACUAAAAUCCUCCUCUCUCUUGAGCUAACACUCCGUUGAAUCCCUUCACUGGCUUCCACACCUUCCACAGCUCAGACUCCCUGUACUCCACUUUCAGUGCUAUGCUUCUCCACUCCUGCCUUUGUCUCUGCUCCGAUUCCCAGCUGCACCCCUUCCACACACUCUGCUCAGUUCUUUCUUCUUCGAGCUUCAUUUAGUCUCCUACUUCCCACAUGGACGUCAUGCCUUUUUUUCAUGUUCCAGUCUGUGUACGCCUACACUACAAAGACUAUACCAACAAAGCGGUGUAGCCGUAGCUAUGCCAGUAGAGCCCUGUAGCGUAGAUGCAGCUUACACUAACAGAAGGGAUUUUUCUGUCCAAACUCCGCCUCCCCAAAUGACGGUAGCUACAUCAAUGGAAGCACUCUUCUGUCAGCAUAGCUGUGUCUACACUGAGGGUUAGGCCCUCUGACAGACUCUCUUUAUUAUGAAGAACAUUUGCUUUCCUAACAGAACAAAUGCGUAGUUAUUCCUAUGCAGUCUCUUUCUGAAAAAUUACUAGUGUGCAGAGUGAGCCAUACUGGAGGAAUGUUGAAAGCUGUAUAGAAUUAUGUAAUCAUGUGUAUUCCUCUCUCACUUUCACCACUUCUACACUCUUGACUUUAUUAUGCAGCUGGCCAACAUAGCUAUGUUGAGCUACCUUUUAAGUGUAGGCCAGGCUGUAUUUCAUAUAGCUUCCGCUUUUUUUGUGUGCCAGAUGCCAUCCCUUUGCUCUUUCUUAUGCUGCCCUCUUCCCACCCACACCUGAUCCUUAGCUGUGUGCGUUGCGUUUAAUUGACAUGAUCAGAAACUUCUUGAGGCAGGUCCUUGUUUUCCGACAUGGCUGUAAAACUGGCACCACAAUCAUCAUAAUGCGUAUUUCCAUUUUUGGUGCUGUACGCUUUGCAAUUAAAAUAUGAAGCCUUUUUA